AUGACCCAAUCAACACGCCCCCACCAACCAGCCCACCCAACCCCAACCCCGACCCACGGCCCGCCCGGCACCGGCUCCUUCACCGUGGCCUGCCGCGCCCGCAUAUCCGCGCCGCCGUCGCGGUGCCUGGCCGUCGUCCUCGACGCCGCCUCGUACCCGCUCUGGAGCCGGUUCUGCCGGUCCUGCGCCGUCGAAGGCGGAGAGGGAGGAGGAGGAAUGGGCCCGCCGGGGGAGAUGCUGCUGGCGCUGGGGUCGAGGUUCGUGUUUGAUGUGCAUAUGGACCUGGCUGAGGAGGCUGGGGAGGGGGAUGCGGGGGGAGGGGCGGUGACGGGGCGGGCGACGCCGCUGGAGGUGAGUGUGCUUGAGGCUGUUGGUGGUGGUGAGGGUGAUGGCGGGGGUGCAGGGACCGGGGGGCGGGGCGAGGAGGGGACGGGACGAGGAGGAGGAGGAGGAAGUGGUGGUGAACGAAGGGGGUGGCGUGUGGCUUGGAAGACGCGCGGCAUGCCGAGUUUCGUGUUGCGGUCCGAGAGGGUACAAGAGUUCCUCGAGGCUGCCGAGGACGGGAACGCGACCGACUACGUGUGCUGGGAGACCUUCUACGGGAUGCUGGCCCCGGUUGUCAGGCUGGCCGUGGGCCCCAAGCUCGAGAGGGGGUUUGGGGCGUGGAUGGACGAUCUCAAGGCUAGGGCCGAGACAUUGCAUUCAAGGAGAGGGGAGGAGAGCGAAAAUGACGCAAAGCGAGAGAUGGUGUGA